AUGGCCCUCCGCGUGCUGGCCGCCGUGCUCCUGGGCGCUGCCGCGUGGCAGUGCGCCUUCGUGAGCUCCGGCGCCGGGCCGACGCGCUCCCCGCAGGUGGGCGCGCAGGCGGCCACCGGCCGCUCUCUCUCCGCCGUUGAGGAGGAGGUGACCUCUCCCAUGGUGUCCGUCGGUGUUGGCGCCCUGGUGGGCUUGCUGGUGGCCCUGGCCGGCGCGUCCCCGGCAUUCGCCCAGCGCAACCAGGGCUACAACGGCAACGUCACCGAUGAGCUGGUGCGCUACGACAAGCCCGCGGGCACCGACAACCUCCUCAAGGAGCUCAAGGGCACGGACAAGAAGUCGUUCUACGAGGGCAAGAAGGACCUGGACUACAGGAACAAGGGCUUCAGGAUGGAAGAGAGCGUUUCCGAGCGGGCCCUGCAGAAGGGCAGCAAGAUGUGA